GCACGCAAUUCGCUGAUUGGAAAGAAAACCUGCGGCGGAAUCUCAAAAAAUGGGCACGACCCCAAUAUCCUUGGACGAUGGGCAGCGUCAUCCACGGUCGAAAAGCCGGAAUCUUGGGAAAACCGUGUCUUCUGAUGACCUGGUGUUGGGACAGGGAUGGAGAUGGAUCCGCCGACCGACCAAUCUCCGGGUGCGUGUCGUCUUGUUUGGGGAUGAUGGAUGGAAGAUGGAUUGUUCUGGUCGAUCUAUAGGCUUGGCGGAGAAUGAACAUUUGCUGGUGUUUUCAUGAUGCCGCUCGCCCAUCUCAUGCUCGCGAUGGCCCUGAUAGGACCUUCCAAAUACAUUACUGGCACGCAGUUUGUAUGCGAGAGAAUUCAGGAAACCGGAGAGUUAGAUGCUGCUGCCUUUGAAUCGCCGUGUUGUGCUGAAAGAUCAGGGUCAUUGGAGUAGAAAGUUUUGAGGGUAAAACAUGUAUUGGCGGUUUGAUCUGCGGGGCUUGUAUUGAUGUGGACAAGGCGAGGAUUUGUCUUUAGGACUUGCCUGCUUCUUGCGGUCGUUCGCUAAGAAUGUCAGGACCAGGUACAUGGCUUCUACCCGAGAGUACCGCGAAACGUGUAACGGCUUCGUUAGGAUAUGAUUUUUACCUAGCGAGGCGUGCUACUGGUGGUUUGCCUUUUUUCACAGAGACUGGGGCUAUUUACCAGUGCUACAUCAGGUAGAAGUGCUUAGGAGGAGGGGGUAUUGUUGCGGCUUAGCGGUGUGAAAUGUGCUUUGUCCAAAGGUUAGCCAUCUUGAUGUAUUGGGCAAUGGAUGAUUGUUCGCGAUCGAAAAAGUUGAUGUGUAGAAAAGGUUAUUUGAAUUAUGGUUGGAGGGUGUGCCGCCGUUACUUGAUCUCGACGUUUCUUCUGAGGCAGACAAACGCAUGUGGAACACCCGCUGAUAACCGGAGAUGGCAUCAUUUCUCGGGGACAGGUUUUCGUUUCUCAAGUCGCAUAGAGUAAUG